AUGCCCAAAAGCAUUAAUUCUUUAAUCUCUCUUGUUACUUUAGAUUUAUGUGGCUGCAUAAAACUAGAGAAUCUUCCCUUGCUAGGAAACAUAUCAGCUUCGUCAAAAAGUGUUGAGCUCUUUAAUGAUGAAGGCUUUAGCAAUCUAAAUACAAUCCCUGAUGCUAUCGGAGAGUUAAGACAUUUAGAAAGGCUAAGUCUUGAAGGAAACAACUUCGUUUCACUACCAUCUUCAGGGGGAGGCUUUGCUGUCUAUAGCAUAUUUAAACUUGGCACAUUGCAGUCGGCUUCAAUCUGA